UGCUUCAGUGUUCUCGCGAGACAACAUGUUUUGCAUCUAGAGCUACUGGGAGGGAAAGGGAUCCUGAAUUUAUUUCAACCAAAACUAUUUUUCAGCUAAUUAGAGUUCAUUUUACACCACUUCAUUACACGCGUAUCGUGCACAGGAAAAACAUGGCAGAAACGGAUCCAAAGUCAGUUCAGGACCUUACCAAUGUGGUCCAGACGUUGCUGCAACAGAUGCAGGACAAGUUCCAGACCAUGUCCGACCAGAUCAUCGGGAGAAUCGAUGAGAUGAGCACCCGCAUUGAUGACCUGGAGAAAAACAUUGCCGACCUCAUGACCCAGGCGGGCGUGGAGGAGAUAGAAGGGGUCAAAGAACCACAGGUGAAAGAAGGACAAGGGUCAUGAAGGUUGCCAAGUAACAAGAUGUCAAGGACUUUCUUCAGGAGCAGCAUACUUUUCCACUGUAACCAUUAACUAUUUUGAUUUGGCGUGUUGUGGAGUGCUUUUUUAUAUUGACUAUUGUAAUAAAAGUAACAGUUCUUAUGUA